AUGGCUUCUACUAAACCUAAAUUUGCUGGAUGGAGUUUCUCGUUUGGUGAAGGUACUAGAUUGAUUCUUAAAAGAGAUGAAGAUGGUUUAGAAAUUAAAAAUGGUGAUUCAAUUUUAGUCAAUGACCCUGAUGGUGGUGCUCCUUUGGUUUGUUUGAUCAGAGAUGCUCAAAUCGGUACUGAUGAUUACAUUGUGUUGCGUGGUGUGAAUUAUUUAAGAAGAGAUGAAGUGGAAAAUGAACCUUUAGAAACUAUUGAUCAAGAAUUAUUUUUAACUAGUGUCCAAGAUAAAUUAUAUGUUAAAGAUAUUAUUGAAAAAGCUAAUGUGUUGAACCCUGAAGAAUUUGAAAAAAUUGUCAUUGAUGAUUCAAAUCAAGAUAAUACAUUUCUAUGUCGUAGAGGUUAUGAUACUUAUUACAAGAUCUAUAGUGAUUAUGUCAAUAUUGAAACCAUUAAAAGAGGUUUGGAUAAAGAUCCUGAUGGUGAAAUGGAAACUUUAAGAAAUUUGUUUGUUAAAUCUCUUUAUAGUGAACGUAAACCUCCAUCUCCAAAGAAAAGACGUGCCCCAAGAGCAAGAAGAGAUGAAAAUGAUGAACAAAAACCUACUCCAACUUCAAAGAAACCAAAACCAUCAAGAUCAAAACCUACCAAGAAACCUACAGAACAACUUUUCAAAAGAGAAACAUCUACAAAAUUUAAUAAAGGUGGUCUUCGGGAACAUGUUGUUUCAGAUGUUGAAUUAGAUUAUGAUAAAGAUACUAAAGAUAAAGGAACUGGUUAUAUUAGUCCAGAUAGUUCAGGUAUUGAAGAAAUCAAUGAAGCUGAUGUCAUUGAUGUUGGUGAUGAUGAUGAUGAUGAUGAUUCUGAAGAUGAAGAUAGUGAAUCAGAAGAAUCAAGUGAUGGUGAUGAUUUAUUCGAUGAUGAUGAUGAAUUUAGACCACAAGGUAAAAAAACUGGUAAAACAAGAGGUAAAUAUAACAAAUCCGGUACUAAUAAGAAAUUCCCUACCAAAAGAGCUAAAGGUGCAGUUUCUUCUGCAAAUUUGUCAUAUUUAGAUGAUAAAUUAAAAGUUGAAGAUUCAAUUAAAAAAAAUGAUGAUCAAGAACAAAGUUCCCCAUCUAAACAAUUAAAAUCAAAUUUAAAUUCAUCUGCAGACGCUUCAAUUGCUUCAUUACCAUGUCGUGAAGAUCAAUUUAAUCAAUUAUAUAUUAAAUUGGAAUCAAAUAUCUCAUCACAAACUGGGGCAUGUAUUUAUAUAAGUGGUACUCCAGGUACAGGUAAAACUGCAACAGUUAGAGAAGUUAUUAGAAAGUUAUCAAAAGAAUCACAUCAAAAAAGUGGAAUUGAUUUCAAUUUUGUUGAAAUUAAUGGUAUGAAAUUAAUGUCACCACAACAUUCAUUUGAAAUUUUAUGGAAUAAAGUUGAUGGAUCUAAAACAACUGCAUCUGGUGUUCAACAACAAUUAGAAACUUAUUUUAAUCAAGGUAAAGCUGAAAGACCAUUAGUUGUCUUGUUAGAUGAAUUAGAUCAAAUUGCUACAAAGAAUCAAUCAGUUAUGUAUAAUUUUUUCAAUUGGCCAACUUAUUCAAAAUCAAAAUUAAUUGUUGUUGCUGUGGCUAAUACAAUGGAUUUACCUGAAAGAAUUUUAACAAAUAAAGUUGCAUCAAGAAUUGGUCUUGAUAGAAUUCAAUUCCCAGGUUAUACACAUGAAGAUUUAAAAAAAAUUAUUAGUUCAAGAUUAGAAAUUUUUGAUAAUGGUGAAAUUAAUUUAACAAAAGAUGCAAUUGAAUAUGCAUCAAGAAAAGUUGCAAGUGUUAGUGGUGAUGCAAGACGUGCUUUGAAAAUUUGUCGUCGUGCUGUUGAAAUUGCAGAAACUGAUUAUGAAGCUGCAGGUAAAAUUCAUGAUCAAUUAAAUGUUCAAAUUUUACAUAUUAAUAAAGCUAUAAAUGAAAUUACAAAUUCACCUGUGGCAAAUUAUAUUGCAGAUUUAUCAUUUGUUGGUAAAUUAUUAUUAACUGCUAUAUUAACAAGAAAAAGAAGAACAGGAUUAGCUGAAACUCCAUUAGGUGAUGUUAUUGAUGAAGUUAAACAAAUUGUUACCUUAAAUCCAACAGUUGAUCAAUCUUUAUUUAUAACUGAAAAUAAAGGUAUCUUAGAUAUCUUAUAUGAAGAUUUUAUUAUUAGACCAAGAGGUUUUGCUUAUGUUUUGAAUGAAUUAAUUGAAGCUGGUAUUGUAUUACAACAAAAUUUAAAAUCCGAAAGAACUUCAUUAAUUAAAUUAGGUAUAUCAGAUGAAGAAAUUAAAUCAGUUUUUAAAAAGGAAAAAUCAUUACAAUAUUUUUUAAAAUUAAUUACUGAUGCAUAA